AUGAACAAUCUGGUCCUCAGACUGCAGACGCAGCGCCAUGAGCUCUUGACCGCUCACGCAAAUGCGAGCGACCGUGAUACCGCACAAGAUCUUGUACAAAAGCUCAAGAAUGUUUCCGAGGAGUUAGAACUUGUUGCUGCGGCUGCAACACCAUUGGUACAAGCUACAGCGCUAUCUCCCGAGUUUUAUGCGAGCUAUUUGCUGCUUGUGUUGCUGUCGAGGAAUCUGAAUGAUGCACGUUUUCUAUGGAAACGUAUUGCAAUUGAGACAAAAGAGAGGUCUGAAGAGCUUCAAAAUGUAUGGGAGAUUGGCAAGGCGCUGUGGAAACGUAAUCUGGCUGCUGCGUAUGGUGCAAUGGACUACGAUUGGUCUCCAUUGCUUCAAGGUCUUGUUGAGUCGCUUAAGACUUCAACACGUGAAAACACAGCAGAGCUAUUGUGUCUUGCAUACUCAUCUAUCUCUAUAACGGACUUGGCGUUGGCGCUAGGAUUUGCUCGACAUGAAGAUGCUUUGCACUAUUGUUUAUCGCUAAAUUGGAAUGUAUCGGAGGAGGACCAAUUGGUCUGGCCCAAAUCAAUGGCAAGCGUCCGUCGCAGUCAUGCAGCAGGGGUGGAUCUUGCCCAGCUCGACACGUUGUCCAAGAUGGUGUUGCAUCUGGAACAGAACACAGUAAUUAAGAUGUCGUGA